AGCAUACCGUGUCGCCCGUGAUGAGGGAGCUGAGUUCCAUCCUGCUCAAUGCUCAAAGCCAAGACGUCAAUGCAAGAAACUCGGCUGAACAACAACUAAAGCAAUGGGAAACACAAUCGUUGGCACAAUUCAUGGUCGCUCUCGCUCAAGAGCUUGCGGGGGAAGGUCUCGAUGGAAACUCGCGGCAACUAGCUGGACUUCAUCUGAAGAACCUUUUGUUUGCACGAGAUUCGUAUAUCGCCUCGGAAAAAAAAAAACGAUGGUAUUCAACUGUAGAUGCGCACUCACGGGCUCGGAUCAAGGCUUUGUCAUUAGAAGCGCUGCGAUCACAAGUGGAACAGGCGGCGCAUUCAGGUGCGCAAGUCGUAGCGAAAAUUGGUGCUAUCGAGUUGCAGGAAAAGCAAUGGCCUGAGUUGUUGAGCCAGCUCCUGAGAAACAUGACCGCAGUCGACGUCGUUAACAGUAAUCUUCUUAAAACUGUGACCCUAGAGACCCUUGGGUACAUGUGCGAAGAGCUUGAAGAAGAAUCUGUUGAACAACUUGAAACGAAUCAAAUAUUGACAGCCAUUGUUGAUGGUAUGCGUGAAGAUAGGGUCGAUUCAGUACGUCUUGCAGCUUCACGUGCGUUGCUGAACAGCCUAGUGUUUACCCGGCAUAACUUUGACAAUGAAACAGAACGCACUAUGAUUAUGCAGGUGGUCUGUAGCGCGACUAAGAGCCCAGAUGAACGGCUUCGUGUAGUUGCAUUUGAAUCUCUCGCACGCGUGGCAUCGCUCUAUUAUGAAAGGUUGCCACAAUACAUCGAAGCACUGUUUACUUUGACACUAGUGGCAAUCCAACAGGACAAGGAAGAGCAAGUGUCGAUGAUGGCUGUAGAGUUCUGGUCUACCCUUUGCGAGGAGGAAAUGGAGAUUAUAGAGGAAGGUACGCAAGAGGGGCAGCUUCAAGAACCUCAGGUGACGCCGCAGCGCGAGUGCGCGCGCUAUGUUCAAGCAGCGGCAACACACAUUGUUCCUGUGCUACUGCAGUCUACUCUAGUCAAGCAGGAUGAAGAUGCCGACGAAGAUGCGUGGAAUAUCAGCGCCGCCGGCGCAAUUUGCCUCGGCCUAGUUGCCCAAACAGUUGGCGAUAUCAUUGUCGCAGAUGUGCUUGCAUUCGUCGAAGCCAACAUAUUGCACAGCGAAUGGCGGCGACGUGAGGCCAGUAUCAUGGCCUUUGGACAGAUCCUCGAGGGACCAAAACCAGACACUUUAGCUGGACCUGUGCAGACAGCAAUGCCUGUACUCAUCCGUUCACUUCGUGAUGAGCACAUUCUUGUCAAAGACACGACGGCAUGGACACUUGCACGCAUCUGCGAGCUCCAUGCGCAACGCAUUCCUCAGGGCUACCUCCAGCCCCUCGUGGAACAGCUCAGCAAUGCACUUCAAGACUCAUCACGAGUCGCUGCUCAAGCCUGUUUUGCCGUGCAUAACCUUGCACAAGCUUUUGAACACGCACCGCGACAUGGCGAGACGAAUGCGCUAUCACCUUUCUUUCAUCCCCUUCUUACACAGUUGCUCGCCGCAACUGAGCGCCGUGACUGGCAAGAUCACAAUCUACGCGGUCAAGCAUAUGAAGCUGUGAAUAUGCUAAUACAGAACCAUGCGCUCGACACACGACCCGUGGUGAUCCAAGUGAUGCAGGUUGUCUUGCAGCGUCUUCACGGAACAUUUUCCAUGCCAAUCAUCUCGCAAGACGACAAGGAAGAGCGUGACCAACUUCAAAGCCUGCUUUGUAGUGUCAUGCAGGUAAUCACACGUGGCAUUGAUAGAGAAAUAAUACCCUUCUGUGAUCAUAUUGUUACAUUGCUUCUUCAAGUUCUCAACAAUCAGAAUGCGGUUGCAUCUGAGGAGGCAUUCAUGGCGAUGGGGGCUGUCGCCUCCACGAUCGAUCAUGGAUUUGAGAAGUACAUAGGAGAGCUGUUCCCAUUCCUUUUGAAAGGCUUACGAAAUUACGUAGAAUGGCAGGUUUGCUCAGCAGCAGUCGGCACAACUGGUGAUAUUUGCCGUGCUUUAGAAAUACAAAUCUUACCUUACUGCGAUGACAUCAUCUGCUGUUUGCUUGAAGAUUUGCAGAAUCCCGCACUGAAUAGGCAAGUGAAACCAGCCGUGCUUUCUUGUUUCGGUGAUAUUGCACUUGCCAUUGGUGCGAACUUUAUCAAAUAUCUUCCAUCUACAUUCCAGAUGCUUGAUCAAGCUGCGCGAACAAAACUAUCGAGUGAUGAUGAUGAGCUCAUUGAGUAUCUAAGUUCGCUGCGUGAAGGCAUUCUCGAGGCUUACAUUGGCAUAACCCAAGGGCUUAACGAUGGGCGCAAUUCCAGCCUAAUAAUACCACAGCUGGAGAAUAUCUUUCAGUUUCUUCAACUCGUGGCGAGGGAAAACGAUGAUGAAUCCAUCACCAAAAAUUGCAUUGGUCUGAUUGGUGACCUGGCUGUUUUAUUGAUGCAGCACGCUGGAGAGGUGGCUCCAUUUUUCCGGCAGCCAACGGUCAACGAUAUGAUUUCAGAGGGUUUGCGCGUCGCUAACCUCCAUGAUAUUGCCCAAUGGGCCCAGACAAAAUGUGAUGAGCUUUUACGCUGACAUUCUUAAGAAUGGCGGCUUCCAAUCUCAUAUGAUGGCGACUUCCAAUCUCGUAUGACAAGCCACCGACCCUGGUUUUGGUUUUGAUUAGGCCCCAAGCCCGGCGAUAUAGCUUGUCUGGUGGCGACCACGGGGAAUUUGACAGUCAUUAAGUAAUAGCUUGGUUCGAGGCACUUGCAAAAAUCAAGGUUCCCAAAACUGAACAGAGUUGACACACUUUGCCAGCACCCCCCCCCAAGCGAACGCGGAAAUUCGACGCGGGCCAGAAAUGAACAAGUUGCACAUCCAGCGUGCACACUGCGCGUGCACACCCCAGGUAUUUGCACCCCUCGUUCGGUUGGUCAUCGACCCGGCUAACUCCCAGCCAACACCGGGCUGUGGUGGCGAGUGCGGGCUGGCUAAGUUCAUUGAAAAUCC